CGAGACAGGAACACCAUGCUGGCCAACAAGGAAUGCCAGGCAGCCCUGGAGGUGCUGCAGGAGAGCCCCCUCUACGACUGCCGUUGCAAGCGAGGGAUGAAGAAGGAGCUUCAGUGCCUUCAGAUCUACUGGAGUAUACAUCUCGGGCUGACCGAAGGAGAAGAAUUUUACGAAGCUUCCCCCUAUGAGCCGGUCACCUCUCGUCUCUCAGAUAUAUUCAGACUUGCUUCAAUUUUCUCAGGAAUGGACCCCGCCACCAACUCCAAAAGCAACCACUGCCUCGACGCGGCCAAAGCCUGCAACCUGAAUGACAACUGCAAGCGCCUGCGCUCGGGCUACAUCUCCACCUGCAGCAAGGAGGUCUCGGCCACCGAGCACUGCAGCCGGAGGAAAUGCCACAAGGCUCUGCGCCAGUUCUUUGACCGCGUCCCCAGCGAGUACACCUACCGCCUCCUCUUCUGCUCCUGCAAGGACCAGGCUUGCGCCGAGCGCCGGCGGCAAACCAUCGUCCCCUCCUGCUCCUACGAGGACAAGGAGAAACCCAACUGCCUGGAUCUGCGCAACACGUGCCGGACGGAUCACCUCUGCCGGUCCCGGCUGGCCGAUUUCCACACCAACUGCCAAGCCUCCUUCCAGUCCCUGACGAGCUGCCCCGGGGACAACUACCAGGCGUGCCUGGGCUCCUACGCGGGGCUCAUUGGCUUCGACAUGACGCCCAACUAUGUUGAUGCCAGCACCACCAGCAUCACCAUCUCGCCCUGGUGCUCCUGCAAAGGCAGCGGCAACAUGGAGGAGGAGUGCGAGAAGUUCCUCCGAGACUUCACGGAAAACCCCUGUCUCGGAAACGCCAUCCAAGCCUUCGGCAACGGCACCGACGUGAACAUCUCCCCCAAGAACCCCUCACCCCCCGUCACCCUGCCACCGAAGACGGAGAAGAGCCCUGCCUUGCCGGAUGAUGUCAACGACAGCAACACCAUGUACGACACGAGCGUCAUCACCACCUGCACCUCCGUCCAGGAGCACGGACCGAAGCUAAACAAGUCCAAAGAGCAGAGUCUGUGCUACUCAGAGACCCAGCUGACCACGGACAUCAUGCCAGACCAGAAGACGUUCGUGGACCAGAAGGCAGGCGGCAGCCGACACUGGGCGGGCCGGAUCCUGCCCGUUGUGCCCAUCCUCCUGCUGAAGCUGGCGUUAUAG